CGGCCGAGGGAAAGGGUGACUGGCGGACCCGGCUGUGGCGAUCCGAAGUCCAAGUCGCGGAUUCGGCACGCCGCGGUCUACCGAUCGUAAUAUGGCGUACAAGUUUCGCGAGGAGAUCGUGGGAAAGAGGUUCCUCUCGGUCAGUGGUUUCACCAAGCUGAAGGUGAAUAAGAUUAGUGAGUGGGGUUGGCGUGCGGGAGUGAUACGUGCUGCCAGUCACAGGGAUAACGGCUGUCAUGAUCUUCAGGUUCUCGUAGAAUACGACGACGUGGAGUGGCAAAGGAGGGAGUGGUUGUCGCCUCACAGGGAUGCCGUGUUCUCCUUCUUUCUCAUUGAACGAGGUCUCUACUGGGCCGAACGACCUGACCCCAGACACGCUAGUCUCAUCCCCAUCGAUCAUCACAAUCACGCGAACAAUAACCACCAUCAGCACCGCAUUAACGGGAAACCGCUCAGAGGCGCCACGGCAGUCGCCGAUACUAUUGCCUGGCCAGCUCUUACUUUCUAUCCUCUCGUGGCACGCGCUGAGUUGCACGAAGACGCCAUGCCGAUCGAGUUUAUGCAAGAUCGCAAACUGGACUUCGUCGACUACUCGAAGCUGAAGCCAUUCACCCAGGACUGGGAGCUGACUAAGGGAACGAUGCCCUGGGGAAAUGCUGUUAGGAGAUGGGCCGAGAUGCAAGACGGUCAGAGGAUCCUGCUGACUACGCCUAGCGUUCUGGUCGGUUUCAGGGUCGAAGUUUAUCGGGCGGAAGGCACCACACAAUGGUACACAGCCGUGAUCGUCGGUUAUAAUGAAUCCACCAAGGAUUUGACUGUCACUGACGACACGGUCCUCGAAGAUCACAACGAGGAUCCUACUUUAGUACAAAUGCGACUGAUAGGCGAUGGAGUCGUCGAGAGCAUCAUGAGGGGCGAGGUCGUCGGCAUGACACCGAGGAGGUCGAGGUCAUCGACUGCUCUGACGCACGCGCUUGUGGUGCCCCGACCUGGAAGAAGGCCUCGAAGACGACCGGGAAACGCGGCGCAGUUACAGGCAACUCCGAGGGUACAAAGUCCGAUAUCUCAGCAUCUCGAAAAAGAAAAGAAUAACGCUCGUAACAACCGACGUCGACGUGUGAGCGAAGGUGCUAGUCGCGAGAAGAGUGAAAAAGAUUCGACAGAAGCGGCAUUAUCCACGCGGCAGCAGGAAGAUCGAGAGAAUAAAGGUCCGCCAUCUGGCAAGGUCAGCAAUCGUGUAGCACGGCCGGUGUUGGAAGAGGCGAAUAGCGCGUCUGGAAGCGCUUCGAAGCUACGAAGACGCGGCGCUCCGGUAAAGAGUCCAACCGCCGACCAGAGUCCGGCACAGCAUCAGAGACCGGUUCGAAGAAGGCCGAGGCCAGGGAGCGGCCAGGAGGUCAAGCCAGGCGCAGAGGAGGAGUCUGUCGAGCAUCACCAUCAUCAUCGUACCGGAAGCGGCGCGAAAGCCGACAAGGACGAACGUCUCGGUAGCAGAUCCGAGGAAGAGGAGGAGGAAGAGCGAGCUCUCGAAAGGGAGAAUGAGGAGGAGAGUCCGGAACGUUGCGAUCCAUUGACUAAGCGGCUAAGAACAAGCCCCGUCGGCAGAAAGCUUCGAUCCGAGAGUAGUAAGGGCAAAAACGCCGAGGAAGCUGCAGCGGAUCGGGCCGGGGAGGUGGUGGUGGAGGAGGACGAGGAGGACGACAACGACGACGACGCCGAGGAAGAAGCCGGUGUGGAAAAACACGACGGGGCUGAGCGGGAGGUCGACAAACUCGAGGAGAACGAGGAGAGCCAGUCCAGAGAACGGGACAGAGAACCCGAGCCGCCACCUCCGGAUAAAGUCGAUCCCGGAGGCAAUCCAGCUUCCAAGGAACAACAGCCAGAUAACAAGCCAGAAUCGAGAAAGGACGCUCGCGCGACCGAUCGGGACACAGAUAAGAUCGGUGAGUGUAAGGAACAACAACGACAACGGAAACAGCAGCCACCGCAGUUACUCGUGAAUGGAUUGCACGUCGAUUCGCCGCUGGUCAGCGACAAGACGAAUGUCAUCCGCGAGGACAGUCCGUCGCUGCUGAAGUCGACGACUCGAUCCAAGACAAAGGGUUUCGCGGAAGAAGACGGAGAGGACACAGCGGCGGCGGCGGCGGCGGAGGACGAGCGCGACGAGAACGCUAGCGAAGAGGAGGUGGGCUCGCAGCGGUCGCGCCGAACAGAGCUGACCACCACCGAGUUAGGCACGGAGGAUAGCGUGGGUAGCGUCGGCGGCGUGAGGGCGGCCAGCGUCGAAUCGGUCGUCGAACUGCUGGAGUCGAGCAGUCAAGACUCAGGCUCCGUGCUGGAGAGGCUGAGUCCGCUUAGUAGCAGCGGCGGCGGCGGCCCCGGCAGGCAGAGCAGCCUGCUCCUGGAACAGCAGCGGGAGCAGGAGCGCAGUCGGCACAACGAGAGCCCGAUCAUCCUUGCCGAGAGACUGAACAAGCCGCCACCGCCGAUCGCCGGUCACCAUCAUCACCAUCAUCUACAACCGUACCAUCAGCCGCAUCAUCAGCAACAACAGUUUCAUCAUCACCACCAACAACACCAUCAGCAGCGUUAUUCCGCCAGUAGUCCGGUGAUUCACCAUCAUCACCAACAGCAGCAACCGCCGCCGCCGCCGCCGCAGCAUUAUCACCAUCAGUUAACGAGCAGCUCGCAUCAGCACCAUCAUCAUCCCACCGCCCACUUGACCCCGUCGAGCCUCCUCGAGGUGCAACAACAGUCUCACACAUCGAGGGGUGGCGAUGAGGCCGGCGGCGGCCUCAUGGAGGUGGAGGCCGGGGCCGGUAUACCUGGUGCGGGCGUACUCACCGGUGUGUCCACAGCGAUCGGCGGCAUACGGGCGUCAGGAGGCAGCAGCAACAGCGGCGUCGCCGGUACUUACGGCGAUAGCGGCUCCGACAGCGGGGUAAGCUCGCUGAGAAGCGCCGGCUCCGGCGACGAGAGAAGCGGCAGCAGAAGCUCGGCGCUCAGCGUCGAGGAGACGACGUCGUCCUCGACACCAUCGGCAGCGGCGAUAGGCACAGCCGCCGCCGCACCGGCUAGAGUCUGGCACGUGCAGAGCAUCCAGCACACGACUCUGCUGAUGGCGCAUCCUCAGGGCGCCUCCAACGCCGCCGCGAACGCCGCAGCCACGGCGCCGCCGGUUGGCUACCAGAGCCCGGCGCCUCCGGGUCAUCACGCCACCGUCGCGUCCGAGAUGCUCUGGAGGCCUAUUCAGUCCAGGACCUACCCGCCGUUAUCGCAUACCCUCCUGGGACCGCAGCAACCCAGUCCGGAGGAGAUGCUCGAGAGGGACCGCCACGAGAGGAUGCUGCGGGAACGCCGCGAAGCGGAAGUGCGCGAGUUGGAGAAGGCCAAGAUGGAACGGGAGAGGCUUGAGAAACAGAGGGCCGAACAGGCGGUACAUAAACACUUCGAGGAGUCCCUCAGGCUGGCACAACAAAAGAGGAAUAUGCAGUCGGCUUCGAUAGCAGCAUGGAGUAAUUUCUUGCCGGUCGUCCCGCCGUCGACGCACCCGUCAAGCAGGACCCACGGAGCGCCACCGGGAUUGACAGCGCACGCUGCUGCAAGUCAUCGCGGUCAUCCUGGUCAUCUCGGCGGUACACCAGGCGGAGCCCCCGCCGCCGCCGUUACCACGCAUCCCGUAAACGUGGUGCAGCAACAGCGGGAGCGCGAGGAAUACGAAAAGUCCGCGCGAGAGAUGAGAGAAAUCCGCGAGCGAGAGAAUAUGGCAGCUGAAAGGCAGGUCCAGCGUCAGGCCGAAGCAAGGGAUCACAUCGCCGCGCAACAAAGGGCCGCUUACUACGCGGCCACGGCGUCGCCGGCUCAACAGGUAUCUCGACCUUCGAGCGUGCCCGGAAAAGUCGAGUACCCGCCUCCGCCGGCGCACACGCGGACGUCGAAAUCGUCGUUGCCAGUCGGUGCUCUUCACGAGAAACCACCAUCGGUAGUGGGCUCAUCGCACAGCUCGCUACCGAAGGCCGAGCCGAACGUGAAUCUAUUCAAUUAUUCAUCGACGUACCAGCCGUCCUGUCCGCCGUACCUGCAUGACCUCAAGAUUCAGAACGAGCUACGGCAGCCGCCAAAGUCUCUGCCGGGGAAAAGCGGGAUGGCCGGCGAUCUCGAGAGGGACCAUCACGGCAGAGAGGUGCUGCAGAAUCCUCCGUCUCUGCUGCCGGAUCACAAAAGCUCGGUGAUUGUGAAGAACGAGGGCAGGGAGUUGGCGAAAGCAUCGGUACCGCAACAGCACUCGUCCAGCUCGAGGGGUUACUUGAGUCUUCAAUCGGUGGCGCCGCAACACAAAUCGUCAGCGUACGAGGCGUACAGGAGUCCGACACAGAGCCCGCAUCAUCUGCAUCCUGCGCACUUGGACGGUCUACAGGUGGCGAAGAGCAUCGCUUCAUCGGGGAGCCAUCACCGGGUCAAUAGCGGCGCACCGACAAUGACGACGACGCAGCAAUUGCCGAGUCCGCACGGCCAUGCACCACCGCCUCCGGCGCCUGAACCGCGUCUGCAUCCACAUAAUCCCCGUCAGUCUCCACAUGCCCCGCCACCGCAGCACCCGCAUCAACCGCCCCCGCCGCCACAUCCCUCGCCACCUGAACCGCGCUAUCUGAACAGGCCGGAAUCAGCCGGUCUGCCAUACGGCGCGGCCAAAUCUACGUAUUCGUAUCCGCAUCCGCCCACGGCCUCGCCGACGCCGUCGUCGCAUUACGCCACGCCGCCGCCAGCCGGCUCCAAGCCGAAAGUCAGCAGCCCGGCGCCGCCACACAUUUACGGCAAGCCUAAUUCCGGCAUCAUGACCGGUACGCCGGUCUGCCGUGCCUCCGAGCCGCCCGUCGCCGCGCCGAUACCGUUGACCUCGAAGGCCGGCAGCUCGCCUUACCAGCAAGUGCCUCAUCAUCACGGGGCGCCACCGCCGCCGCUGCCACCGCCCGCGCAUAGCCGGGUUUAUGACAGUCGCUUCGUUAGCUCGUUGGCGAGCGGCAAAUUGCCGCCGCCGCCGUUGCACGGUUCGCCACCAACGGCCGCCUCGGCGCCGCUUUCGAGGCCGAUUGCCCAUCCCGCUCAUCCCGCGCAUCUCAGCGCUAGUCCGCACCAGCAAUCUGGUCAGACGCUGCAGCACGCGCAGUCCCAGAUCACUACGGCCUUCCAGACGCAACCACUUGACCUCGGUGUGGAGAGGUCGAGCUCACCCAAGAGAAAAGCGCCGACGCCAUUGUUAUGCGACAAUACCAGUGGUCAACCGGUGUCGUUGGAAAUCUGUAAGAAGAGAAGAACUGAGGAACCGCAACCAUUGUCUUUGCAGUGCGUCGGCCAGCCUGUUUUAUCUAGGGUGAGCGAGCCUAGUCCACUUAUUGCCUCGGCCGCCACAUCCAUCACCACAGUUGUCAACACCGCAGCGUUGUUGGCGCAGUCGAACAGUCAGACGACACAAGAGCAACGCACGGUGACGGCGGUGAGUCCGGCGCCGGGUACCGCCAGCGGUGACGGCUCCACGCGACCAGCCAGCACCGGCAGCGUAUGCUCACUGAAUCCCGCGCCAUUGAGCGCGGCACCGAGCCCAGCACCCAUACCCAGUCCGGCGCCAUCCACAGCGCCCAGCCCAGCGCCCAGCGCGCCCGGUACUCCCGCCAAAGUAAACCCUAGCACAGGCGCGGACAGCGAGAAGUCCAACAGUCCGGCGCCGAGACCGCCCAGCAGUACUAGUUACCCGGGGCACAAGUUGAAGAAGGCAUGGUUGCAGAGACACUCGAGAUGCGAGGACGGCACCGAGAAUACCACCAAUAUGGUCAGCAGCGUUACGUUACCAUUGAAUAUCUCCCGAGAGACGUCAUCGUCGAACAGCAAGGAUCGCGACAGUAGCAACGCGUCAAAUGUGACUGCGAAUAACAGCAGUGCACCGACCACUUGCUUACCCAGCGCGGUCAAUUCGAUUCACAAUAUUGGCAGCAUGGCAGUGAACAGUAUCAACAAGAGCAAGGUCACCGGCAAGAGCGGCCGGAAACCGGCGAACAAAGAGUCGCUGAACGGUCACGCUACGGAUACUAGCAAGACCCCGCAAGAAGACUCGUCCAGCAGCGACCCGGAGAGGAAGUCGCCGCCUAAACGAAAGCCACCCAAGGUAAAACGAAAGAAGGGCGCCGCACGAAGGCAACAAACGGCCGCGGAAGAUCAGCGGAGGCGAAAAGAGGACAAGCAAGGCGGCGGAGCUGCUGCAGGCAGUGAAUCUAGCAACGAGAGUGAGGCGGGCUCUGCCAGUGAUACCAGUGAACAGUUGAGCACCAUUCAACCUGCUUCGAGGGUUCGACAUACUACGGCCAAUUCCAACAAUUCUUCGGGAAACGGAAAUAACAAGGAACCUAGGAAACGUGGUAGAAGACCAAAGACUACGAAAGGCAAUGAAGUCGGAAGCGAAGAUCAACAGCCUCGUCAGAAGAAGGAACGUAGAGACGACAGUACGAGCGGCGGUAACAAUGGGCCGGGCGGAAGUGGUGGACGAGGCGAUCCCUUUCGUAAACCACCGAUAUCGCAAUUGAAGAAAACUGGGGAGAGCUGGUUGCAGGAUGGCGCUUGUUUUGAGGUGGCUCCAAAGCUGGCCAAGUGCCGCGAGUGUCGAUGGACGCCACAUCAGCGCUCCAAGAACCUUCCUCAAAAUAUCUUCUGCAGAUUUUAUGCGUUUCGCAGACUGCGUUAUACCAAAAACGGACAAUUGGCCAUAGCGGGAUUCAGCGAUCCACACAAAGAUGCAUCCGAGGAAGAUCUUCGAUUAUGGUUACCAGGAAAAGACAAUCAAGAAACAACAGGAAAGGACGAUAAAUCCGAGAAAAACGAGAAGGACAAAGGGGACCGAGAAGACCUAGAUUUAGAAACGGCUCAUCGGCUGCUUCGACAAGUUGGCGAUCAAUUUUGUGAUCUUUUACAUCAAGAGAAAGAUGCUCUCCAAGAACACAUGGCUGAAGCGAGUUCGGGGGUUGUAGACGGAACAGUAGCGUGGAAACGAGUGAUCCAGGGUGUUCGAGAGAUGUGCGAUGUAUGUGAGACUACCUUAUUCAACUAUCAUUGGGCCUGCGGCAAAUGCGGUUUCGUCGUGUGCAUCGAUUGUUAUAAGGGACGUAAAAAUGGGACGAUCAAGAUCUGGGGCGAGAGUGGGAAAGACAGGGACGAAUUCUCAUGGCUUCUAUGCACGAAUAGACAAGCACACGAACCGGAACGGCUCAUGCUUACGCAAAUCAUCGCUGGGGACAGUCUUCUGCGAUUGGGCCAACGUCUGCAUGAAUGUCGUGCAGAAUGGGGAAUCCCUCAACAUUGUGCUUGUUCUCUCGUAACCUCGACACAGCCCAACGAGAUUCUUCGAAAUAUGAUCAAGGGCGAUUCCGUGCCUGUUCUUAAUGGAAAUAUAAAGCAGGAGGUGAAGGAAGAAAAAAAGAUAAACGAAUCUAACGGUGCAUCGGAAAGCAAGACCAAUGGCGAGGAUAAAAACUCGCCACUGAAAAAAUUACCGCCAUUUUCUUUUUCAAGCAAUCAAGAUAAAAAUGAGAGCGGUUCGAGUUCGGACUCGGACGAAGAUCGCGAAGGUAACUACUCGACAUUGCGUGAGUUGCUCAUCAGGCCGUCGCACAAAUCAAAUGGUAGCGGCGGAUCCAGAUCGAAUUCGCCAACGACUAACUCGGGCGGUAGUGUAAACACUACCAGCGCAGCCGGCAACAACGCUCCACAAAAUAACGUUGCCAAGUCCGGUAAAAAAUCAAAGAUGGAUACGCUUGAUGAGGUAAUAUCUAGUGUGAUCGAACAUAGCGUGAAGAAGGAAAGGGGUAACGGUCUGGAUGACGAGAAACCACGUGUGUUGAAGUACUUUGUGCGACGCUACAAGUGGACGCAACGCGGCCGAGAGCCGUUACCAAUCAGAAUUAUGACACUGACGGAGAGUAAGAGCCUUUAUCCGGAUGUUCCACACUCCUGGCUCUGCAACGGCAAAUUGUUGAGGUUAAACGAUCCGAAUAAUCCCAACAACUACAGAAUAUUCCAGGAUCAAUGGAAGCGAGGACAACCGGUGAUCGUAUCGGACGUUUCCAAGGCGCUGGACAUGAAUCUGUGGCAUCCGGAUUCGUUCGCCCGCGAUUUUGGCGAUGAGAAGAAUGAUCUCAUUAACUGUAUGACCGGCAAUCUGGUGCCCAAUCAACCAAUGCGCAAAUUUUGGGAGGGAUUCGAGAAUUUCUCCAAACGGCUAAAAGACGAACGAGGGAAUCCUAUGCUGUUGAAACUGAAGGACUGGCCGCCUGGCGAGGAUUUCGCUGAAUUACUACCGUCGAGAUUUACAGAUCUAAUGAAGGUUCUUCCAUUAUCCGAAUAUACACAUAGGAAUGGCAGACUGAAUCUGGCGAGUCGUUUGCCAAAUUGUUUUGUGAGACCGGAUCUGGGCCCGAAGAUGUACAAUGCUUAUGGUUCCGCUCUUCACCCCAGCAAAGGCACGACUAACCUUCAUCUCGAUAUCUCGGACGCCGUGAAUGUCAUGGUAUACGUAGGAAUUCCAAAGGAUGCUGAUAGCGACGAACACAUCAAAGAAGCAUUGAAAGCAAUAGACGAAGCAGGCUGUGAUGUUCUGACGCGUCGACGUGCUCGUGACCCUAACGAGGCACCUGGUGCACUAUGGCACAUUUAUGCAGCGCGCGACGCGGACAAAAUUCGAGAUCUUUUGAAUGCUGUUGCCUUAGAACGCGGAGCUCGCUUGGAGCCGCACCAUGAUCCCAUACAUGAUCAGAGUUGUUACCUGGAUGGAUCAUUGCGCGAACGAUUGUAUCGAGAAUACGGUGUCGAAGGAUACGCCAUCGUUCAAUGUCUCGGCGACGCAGUAUUCGUCCCAGCUGGCGCGCCGCAUCAAGUUCGUAAUCUUCACAAUUGCAUAAAGGUGGCCGAAGAUUUUGUUUCGCCAGAAAACGUUUCGCAUUGCUUCCACUUGACCCAAGAGUUCCGUGCAUUAUCGGACACGCAUACUAACCACGAAGACAAACUACAGAUAAAGAACAUCAUUUAUCACGCCGUAAAGGAUUCUCUGACUGUCUUGGCUAACGUUAAAGAAGAAACUAUAGCCAAACUCGCCAAGGCCAACAAUGAGACAAAGAUAAAAGAAGAGACUUAGCCGUAAGUUCUUUGGUGCGGUCGUAAGACCUUUUGACAAUUCCCUUGAUCGGGUCUCGUCGUGCGAGCGAGAUUAAUCGUAGCCGGCACUCCCGAACACAGCAAAGCUGACGAAACCGGGAGAAUUUGCAGAAGCGGAUCCGUCCUCGCCGCGGAAAGAUCAUUGAGAAAAUGCGAGGAUUUGUUGUGAUAUAUACAUACAUACAUAUAUAAAUACAAAUAUAUAAUAAUGUUAAUAAAAAUUUUUUUUAAUCUGGAAGAAUUAUUUGAGUUACGAUAUUGGUUGAGCCAAUGAACAUUAGUUAUAUAUGUACAUUGUUUCAUUUGAAUUUUCUUAUAUACACAAUUUUUUUUUUUUUUUUUUUUUUGUUCUCCCACUUUUUCCCCUCGAGAGAGACGCUCGCGGACAUGAAGUCCGACGAGCUGUACUAUGUGAGUGAAAAAAAAAACAAAAAAAUAAUCGUGAGCCGGAUUGCGCAUAGAUAAAACGCCGCGUCCAUUACUUGUGAUACCAGACGGACUUUGAAUCGUAUACAUUAUUUGUAAUUAAUUAUAUUGUGCCUGUAUCCAAUACACACACUGUCUAUAUUAUAUAAAUGUAGAUAAUUGUGAAAUAUUGUGUAUGAAUUUUUGUGUAUGAAUUUUACUAGCAACUACCAGAGAGAAGAAGGGAGGAAAAAAAAAAGAAGUUGUCUAGAAGUACCUUUGUGCAAUUAGAUGUCCGAUCACAUAUUAUUAUAUAGCUGGAUCAAAGCUAUAAUUGUGGAUCCAUUUAAUCGUGUGCUCUGGUGAUCUGGUGCUUUCGGUAUUUGAUUAAAGUCCCGGCCAGAGAUAGCCGAUACGUAUUCGCGUUUAAGUCUCUUAUGUUCCACGCGACAAGGGCAUAAGGAUAAAAACACUGCCUAACUAAUCGGUUCGACGAUAAUAGGAGAGGUAAACCUUUUCGCACUUUUAGUAGUUAAUUCGUAUCGUUCGCGUUCGAUCUUCUUUAGAGGCAUAUUGUUUUCCAAUGGCGACAUAUGUAUCGGUUAUGUGAACGGCGGGGUAUUGCUACAAGUUUUGUGUGUCACUUCGAUUAGAAGACAUCAAAACGAGAGAAAGAAUACAAUAAUUUCUUCGAUAUUAACUUUUUGAGAUAUAAUGGCGAAUAUGUGAAACAGAUCGUUGAAUUGUACGUUUUAUUGCUGUCGUGACCCAGUGACUACCCGGCGUGUAAUGUAAACGGGGAUAUUGAUAAGAUGAAUAUGUUAUUUUUGUCAAAGCGUAUACAAAUCGACAAAAGACAGCGAUAACAUAAUUAUAUUGUAACGAUACGCUAAACAAUGAGACGCUAAACAAAUAAGAAAACAUUUGCAGUAACAUUAAAAAAUAAAGAAAAAGGAUAACGACUUUUGAAGUGCCAAUGUUGAACGACGUAGGACAUUUAAGUGUACGCGCGUUUGUGUAAGCGUAUAUGCGUAAGUAGAAAAAAGAAAAACAAGUAACACAGAAAAGAAAAGAAAAAUAAUUAGUCACACAAAAUUUGCAGAGAUGACAGGCCGAGUUUCUAUUAUUUCAAUAAUAAUAGUUUAUGCGAAUGACACGAAGUAUUUCCGAUUAUUAUUCGCACUAUCAUUAAUGAUUCGAAAACUGCUGUCGUUUCCGUUUCCGUUUCCUUUCGCGAAAUUUGUUUUAUAGCGCGAAUCCAUUAUGAUGAGAGAACGUUUUCGAUAUACUUGCGUUCAUAAUUUAUGACGCGUGACAAUUAUAAUAAGACAGCAAUUCUCGAUUCGAGUAUAAUGUAUAUUGUCGAGUAUGCGCGAUUUACGCGCAUCGAUCGAUCGAUCAUCAAUUUAUUAUACGGCUGGUAUAAUUAACACGAGCGUGUAAACAAAAAGAAUGAACAGAAAAAAAGAAAAGAAUAAAAAUAUAUCACUGGCAUCCUAAAAUCCGCAAGUUCUUUGAUCUCAACAUUCGUCUAGCAUACAACGACUUGAUUAAAUAAUAUUUAACGAAUAAAUUUUUAAAUAUCUUAGUGUCGAUAAGUAAGAGAAUAUAAGAAUUGUGUAAACUACAAACAGCAACUACAAAAGUACUAACUUCACAAUGGCAGUGUAUAAAGUUCUAGGAAGACAUAUUUCCGUGUAUUAUUGCUGCAGACGAGACGCUAUUGUUUGUUCUCUUGCUACGUGUAUGUACAUACAUUUAUAUAUAUAUAUAUAUACAUCCGUAUAUGUAUACAGAUAUAAAUACGAAAAAGAUGAAAGAAGAGUCUAGGACUUGUAAUGAUAAGGAAAUACACAUACACACAAUCUUUACGAAACACGAAAAAAUUACACCUUAUACACACGCGUAGAUAGAUAGUUUAUUAUGCCAUUAUUAUAUAAUUAUUAUAUUAUCAUAUUACGAUUAAUUAUUACGGAAAAUACGAUAUUUAAAUGUUGCUAAAUAUAUGCCGAAAGGAGUACGAGCACGAGCGCGCGAGUGUAAAUGGUCAAAAAAAAAAAAAAAAAA